GGGACUGGCUGUCUCUAUGGAUACCGCCUUCCCGAGAGCCUCCUUUACAGCGUCGUCGACGGCAACUCGUCGACGUACUUCCACCGUGGCGCUGCGACGAGAGCAUGGACUUUUUCCGGCGCUUGCAGCUCAAAGCUGUCGAACUCGUGGAUUCCGCCCAGCCCGCGAAAUCGAAAAAGGACAAAUUUUCCCAUGCCGCUGCCGACAUGGCCAAGUUUCUCCAGCACAUGGAACGCGUGUCGUCGACGCCGCUCGCGCCCGACUUGGAGAAUUCGCUGACGUCCGCGGCACAACGACAGAGUCUUGCGUUCCUGCAGCAGCAUUCGUCGAUGGUGGGCGUCGGAUCCGGGUGUCGCAGUCGCAAACGCGGCAACAGGAAAACAGAGCUACCCAGGUCCGCGUCCGUCGACAGCCCACAGUCUCUAUCCUUUACCUUCUUGGGCGAAAAGCAGUCGACGGUGCAAGUCUAUGAUGCAUUUCAUGAAGACGGCUAUUACGUCGUCAAGGGCACUACGACCGUCCCAGGCAGCGUGUUUGACGUGUUGUCCGCACUGCAGAUGCAUGGAGACGGCGCGUUUGCCGCGACAAUGCACGAAGUGUUUGGUCAAUAUUUUGAUCAAGGAAUGACGCUUCAUUCCCCUCCUACUCGACCGACGAGCAACACAGCGACCACGACUGGUCUUUCAUCUCUGCUCGUCGAUCCCAGCAUCACGACGCAAGACAGUGAGAAUGGCCAGUCCUGCAAAACGGACCCACCCACUCCAGAUGACUUGGACGGCGUCGGGGUGCAUUGGAUGUCGCUCAAACCGUCCCGUGCCAUGGAGUCGUCCUACAAAUCGACAUCGAUGUACGCAGCGACACCCUCGUCUCGACGCGACGUCGUCUUUACUUCGUACAGUCAAAUGUAUGAGCCCGCGACCACGGACGACGAUGACGACGACGAUGAUGAAAGCGCGAGCCGUCGGCGAAAGGUACCCGGUGGGAUUCCCCUCGUGCCCACCCGCCGCAACUCGCCUCUCGUGACGUGCGGCACCCACAUCUGGGACUCGUCUAGUCUGUCGAUUGCUGUGGCUUCGACGUCGAUAGAUCGCCGCCGGCUAGCGCUUGUCCAAGGCCAUGGAGCGCCGGGCCAUCGCCGCCUCGCCUUUCAUCACAGCGGCGUGUACGUGGAAAAGGUCCGAACCCCAACUCACGCCGACUUGACAAGCAUCACGCUCGUCAUGUCGCUGUCCGAAGUGCUCCCGUGCACCGAGAGUGAGUCAAACCAUCGCCAUCGCCAGCCGCGGCGCCCGUUCUACGACGUGUCGCCGUCGCGCCCAGUCACGCAGUGGAUGCAGCGCCUCGUGUUGAGUGUGCUGAACCUGUCCCGCCUCGCACGGCAGGGCAACCAUCACAAGAACUCACUGGUGCCCAAACACAAGUGGGCAAUGGACGCUAUCUGUGGACUCUGCGACCAGUCGUUCAACAUGUUUCGACGGCGCCAUCACUGCCGCCUCUGUGGCAACGCGAUCUGCUCGGCAUGCUCGUGUUCGAUGGACGUCGAAUUCCCGAUCCUGGCCGACGGCCGCAUCCUGCCCCAAACGACUGUACGUAGUUGCACCAAGUGCGCGUUUGUCGGCAGUACGAUGCAGCGACUACCUGCCGCGAUGCUUGCCAACCACGAUUUCUUCAGCCGUCCGCAGCCACCACCCAUGCGCGACGAGGGGGGGCAAGUCGGGGUGUGGAGCACCGCUCCCGGUCGCUUGCGCACGAGCCGCCGCCACGUUGUUGCGAGCGAAGGCAGCCAGUCGCACAGUCGUCACCACCACGCGAUGCUCGAGCCGCAACGCCACAAGUCGCCUCACCACUCGCCGGGAUCGCAACUCGCGUCGUCCAUGCGCCGCAGUGCGCACAUUUCUCUCAUCGGCCACAGUCCUCGGUUAAGCAGUGCAACCCCUCGAAUGUGCCGAACGCCGCAGCCGGUCAAGUCGACUGCAUUCUCCGAUCUAUCGGGGGGCACCGGCAUGACGAGGUUAGACCGCCAGGAUCGCAUGUUCCGCCGAGACCUGCGCGACAGCUGGGAAAACUUGAGGGGUGCACCGGGGGACGACGCCAUCGCAUCGUUUCAAGCGUUCCCCCUCGUGGGGAGCCGCGGCGUGCGACGAGUUCCAGGAGAGAACCAAGACAAGCGAGAAACCCCUCGAUCCGCUCGGCGCAUGGGACCGCCCCCGCUUGUCCACCAGGUCCCGUCCACCACCAACUCAUUUCCAUCCAUCCUGUCGUCCCGUGGGAUCCAAGCACGACGAAUGGAGCUCCUCGAGCUCGCCAACAGGUCCCCGUCCAACCACCAGACCCUCCCGGAAGACCGUCUGGAAGAGAAGGGAUCGAUGUCUCGUGAAUCGACAGACUCGGAAGAGAUGGACCCGGCAGCUACGCCCCGAGGACGACCAUCGCACAGCGAUCCGCCGCCGUAACUCGCGAAGGACAUGUCACCAGGAGAAAUAGUUUCAUUUUUAUCGCGUCAGAGUAGUAUAAAAAAAUCAAUGGAAGGGGUGUGUGCGGAGGUCACUGAUUGGCC